CCUGCUGUGAAGGGGAUGACAGGUCCGAUCCGAGCGGGAUGGAUGGGAUGACAGAUCCCGAUCCGAGCGGGAUGGACGGGUGACUGCUAGGAGUGAGCGAGCGUGGUACAGGGGGAGCAAGCGGAGAAUGGUCGGGGUCACAAGCCAGGUUCAGCAGGUAGCGGACAGCGCGGUACCGAGGGUCAGGCAGCAGAAGGAUGGUCAAGAACGAGCCGGGGUCAGAGCAGGAGAGGGUCAGCAUAAAUCAGAACAGGCAGAGAGUUUGGCAACAAGGAAACGUACUUACAGGAACAGG